AUGAUGUCCUCCACCCCAUGUGAAGGGGACAAUUCAACCGUCCUCACAGGUCCGCGGAGCGCGCGAGAAGCUUUAUUCAGUCGUAUGGCCGAACGCCAUGCUCAAACUAAAGCUGCUCAACUUAGUCGUCGAAAUCAGGACCGUGGCGAAUGUGAUCUAAACGAUGAUGCCGGGAGUGGUCUCAAAUCAAAAAAACAAUGUGACUUUUUACCGAAAUUCCUCCAAACAAAGGCAGAGAUCUUGGCCGAUUUGGACGAGGCCAUUCAACAGAGACAGAUGGAUGCGUUAUCUAUGCCUGACCUGACCAAGAUUCUGGACGACACUUUGGUCCGUAUUGAGGAUUUACAGAAGCGGUUGAAUGAGUACUCGCUCUACCUGACUCCGUUUGAUUGUGAACAAGCUACUCAGGAGUUAAAAAAUCUCCAAAUCCAGUUUCAAGCCAAACGUGAGGAACUUCUCCCCAGUCAGAAAUUCAAGUUCUCACGGAACCGAGUGAAAAAGUCCACCGGGACUGCCGCGUCAGAUGUAACCGUUCCGGGCGUAAUUGAACGAUCCAAUCCCAUUCCCGGCAAGCUGACCAAAUACGAUGAACGAUUCAGCCUGGUCAAUAUUCAGCACAACCCGCAUCUGCUACUUCCGAAGCCGAAUUGCACGGAUGCGAUCGGUCCGGACCAUUCGGUGUAUUUAGCCGAGUUGACUAAUUGCACCGUGCAAGUGCGUGAUGUAUGCGGUAAUCUGGUUGCGAAGAGACUUCGCAAUUGUCGGGUGUACAUCUUCCCGGUGGCCGGUUCCGUUUGGCUUGAGGACUGUCAACAGUGUGAUUUCGUAGUCGCGUGUCGUCAGCUCCGGAUACACCAGACGACCGACUCACGUCUUGGUUUGCACAUGGCCAGUCGCCCGAUUAUCGAACACAGUACCGGACUUCGGGUAGCUCCGUAUCCCUUGCACUACCCUACACUGGAUUCUGAUCUUAUUCGGGCUGGCUUGUCGGCAGAAGUGAAUUUGUGGCGUGAGGUGGAAGAUUUUAGUCAUCCGAAUAAAAGACUCACAACCGGAUCCCCAAAUUGGUCCGUACUUCCGGAAACGGAAUGGGACACUUUGAAACCACCGACGGAAUAG